AACAUGUGCAGGGAAAGGCACUGACAGCCGAGUCGCGUAGGCGGUAGAAGAACUAUAAAUUCGGAUGUAUUUCAUGAAGAAGAUAAAACGUUACUUUAGACUUCGUAGUGGUGGUUUGAUAUGGAUAAGUGCGCAAGAAACAGCGAGAUUCCUCACGAUACGGUGAUUUCAAUGGCGCAGCAAGAGUCUGUUGUUCUUUUGCUCAAACACUGUCAAGAAAUGAAGCGACAGGAGAGUCGCUUGCGUCUUGUCACGUUAUUCUUGGUUCUGGGUUGUGCAGCUGUAUUUGUCUUUACGCAGCGUGUGAAUAGAGACUGUAAUGAGAAGGAUUCAUUCAAACCAGCUGAAUACUCACGACAGCAAGCUAUAGAUCGUCAAGAACAGAACCUGAAGCCAAACGCUCACCUGACAACAUCAUCAAGGUGCAACUCCGUGCCUGAAGAUUACAUCCAAUGGGAACACCAGGACCCUGGCUUGGUACACAUGCAACAUUUCACCUAUGAUGAGAAGAAGCAUGCUCUGGUUGUCCCUCAGGGAGGCCGAUACUUUGUCUACGUAGGGGUCAACUUUCGAAUGCCGGAUAAAGACAAGGUAUCUGGCGAGAUCCAUUUUCUUAGACUGAAAGUCCUGAAAUUCUCCAAUAGAUACCCAAAAGAUAGGCCUAUCAUGGAAGUCAAGGAUAGCAUACCAGACAAUAGGAGAGGAGCGAGGACUGUGUACACGGGACAGGUGGUUGCUCUGGAGGAAGGGGACCUCCUGAGGGUGUCCAUUAAUGAAGACAAUUAUGAACUGAUUGACUGUUCAGCAGAGACUACCAUGUAUAUUGGUGCUUUUCUCCUCUAGAAAAGGAGAACAUGUCUAUUCCAAAAAUAUGCAGUCUGUGUGGAUUUAUAUUAUUUAUUUCCAUGCUUACUUUUAGUAGGACCAGUGCAUGUUUCAAGGCACAUUUUAACAUCCUUGUGGAUACAAUAACAUUGCAGGUAUUAGUUAAGGCUUUCCUUCUGACAAAGCUGACCUUAUUUCAGGGUGGCAGGUAGCCUAGUGGUUAGAGCAUUGGACCAGUAACGAACGGUUGCUAGAUCAAAUCCCCAAGCUGUCAAGGUAAAAAUCUGUUGUUCUGCCCCUGAACAAGGCAGUUAACCCACUGUUCCUAGGCUGCCAUUGUAAAUAAGAAUUUGGUCUUAGCUGACUUGCCUUGUUAAAUAAGGUACAAUAUGAAUGUAUUCAUACAUUAAUUUCAUACUGUUUGCUACACAUUUCCUUUCUUGAUCAAGAUUAAUUAAAUUGUUGUUCAAUAAUUGUUGUUAAAUUAAAUAACUUAUUAUGAUUUUAUAGAGUGGGGUCAAUUCCUAACUCAAACUUUUGCCUAAUUUAACACAUGAGUUUUGUGCUACAGCCACUACAGACAUAUGACGUUUUUAUUUUUGUGUCCCUCAAAAACGCAAGUAAAUUAUUUUCAGACGAGUUGCAUACACAUCUCUGUUGUCCAUCACCUGUCAAUGGAUUACUCCCAUACAAACCCAUUGGCUCAAUAAGCAAUUUUCUAACACAAAAUCUUUGUGUGGCCGUAGCCCUAGGGAAAGGUAUUAAACUCCCUUUACUGUAUGUUAUUCUGUCUGGAAGCACCACUUCAUAGGUUUUAUGUUAUUCUGUCUGGAGGCACCAUUUGGUAGAUUUUAUGUUAAAACUGCUCCUCAAAGGGAUAGUUCACCCAAAUUACAAAAUUGCACAUUCGUUUCCUUCCCCUGUAGGAAAUCUUCGCUUGUCCAUAGACUGCUUACAUGUUAAGGACACCAAUAUGUAGUUUUGUAAUUUGGGUGAACUAUCCUUUUAAAUAUGUUACCAAGUAAACACUUUAUAUUGACCUUU